AUACUUUAUAUGUUUUUUUUUAUGUCAAAGAAAAUGAAUUUCCAUAAAGCAGUUGCUAACGGUGAAAUACAACAAUGUGGACCUUUUUGGUGGAUGCUGACGUCACAUCACAUUUCUUGGGGCCUAUUCAUUAAAGCAAUUCUGUUACAAAACGUUUCUUAAAUGUAAGCUAAUGGAACGAAACGUGGAGGGAUUUACCUGAAUUUGUCCAAUAGAAACUCUCGUUUUGCUCCGUUUGCUUCUUAAAUCCUAAACCGUUUCCCUAAUGAAUACGCCCGUUCUCCCAGCCCGCAAAAAUUGAGCUGUUGCGGCACUUACAACCGGCAGAUACUUCUGUUCUGAUUGAACGCAGGAAAACUCAUCCUCGUCGAAAUUGCAGAGAUCAUACGUUUCCUGUAGUUCUUGACCAGGUUUUCACACACUGCAGCAGGGAUUUUGGCCCACUCCUCCAUACAGACCUUCUCCAGAUCCUUCAGGUUUCGGGGCUGUCGCUGGGCAAUACGGACUUUCAGCUACCUCAAAAGAUUAAGUGGUGUCGUUGAGGAAGGUUGGAGCACACGGACAAAAUGGUGACCAUUCCUGAGUACUAUGAGGGGAAGAAUGUGCUGAUCACAGGAGCCACAGGCUUUAUGGGAAAAGUCUUGCUGGAGAAGCUGAUGCGGUCCUGCCCUGGAGUCAAGGCUGUGUACGUCCUUGUCCGGCACAAAGCGGGCCACGCUCCCCUGGCCCGCAUCGCAGACAUGGUCAACUGCAAGCUUUUUGACAGGUUACGAGAUGAGCAGCCAGACUUUGCUGAGAAGAUAGUGGCUGUGAACAGUGACCUCACCCUGCCAGAACUGGACCUGAGCAAAGUGGACCAGGAAACGCUUGCUGACUGCAUCAACAUAGUCUUCCACUGUGCUGCAACCAUCCGAUUCAAUGAGCCUCUAAAAGAUGCUAUGCUACUGAAUGUUCUAGCCACCCAGAAAAUGGUGGCUCUUGCCCACAAAAUGAAGCACUUGGAGGUGUUCCUCCACGUGUCCACAGCCUACGCCAACUGUGACCGGACACUCAUUGAGGAAGUGGUUUACCCACCUCCUGUUGACUACAAGAAGCUCAUCGACAGCCUAGAAUGGAUGGAUGAGAAGCUGGUCUCAGCGAUGACCCCAGGGCUGAUUGGAAAAAGGCCCAACACGUACACCUACACCAAGGCCAUGGCUGAGUACCUGGUCCAGCAGGAGUGUGGAAACCUCAACGUGGCUAUAAUCAGGCCUUCUAUAGUAGGGGCCAGUUGGAAAGAACCGUUCCCAGGCUGGAUUGAUAAUUUCAAUGGACCUAGUGGAAUAUUCAUUGCAGCAGGAAAGGGGAUCCUGCGCACCAUGAGAGCAUCCAACAACGCAGUGGCUGACCUGGUGCCUGUGGAUGUGGUCAUCAAUACCACACUGGCUGCUGCCUGGUACUCUGGCUCCCAGAGACACACCAGACCUAAGAGCAUAUUGGUGUACAAUUGCACGACAGGCAGCAUCAACCCGUUCCACUGGGGUGAAGUCGAGUACCAUGUGAUAUCCACUUUCAAGAGGAACCCCCUCGAGCAGGCCUUCAGACGGCCCAAUGUAAAUCUCACAACCAAUCACCUUAUCAAUCAGUACUGGAUCGCCGUAAGCCACAAGGCACCAGCCUUCCUUUAUGAUCUCUGCCUCAGGAUGACAGGAAAAGAGCCCAGGAUGAUGAAGACCAUUACAAGGCUGCACAGGGCCAUGAUGGUGCUGGAGUACUUCACGAGCCAUUCGUGGGUGUGGAAAAAUGACAACGUCACCAUGCUCAUGAACCAGAUGGGUGCUGAUGACAAGAGGACAUUCAACUUUGACGUGCGACAGCUGAACUGGGCAGAGUACAUGGAGACCUACUGCAUGGGGACUAAGAAGUAUGUCCUGAACGAGGCUGAGUCCGGCCUGCCAGCAGCACGCAAACACCUCAACAAGUUGAGGAACAUCCGCUACACGUUCAACACGGUCCUGGUCGUGUUCAUCUGGCGAGUGUUCAUCGCGCGGUCCCAGAUGGCCAGGAACAUCUGGUACUUUGUGGUCAGCCUCUGCUUUAAGUUCCUGUCCUAUUUCCGAGCAUCCAGCACCAUGAAAUACUGAGUCCACGUGGUGUACUCACCUUGACCCCAUCCACCCUCCUCAACCCAGCAGCCCCAGUCCAGUCCGCCUUCUCUCCCUCCUGCCCAGCCCCCCUUCAGAUAGCUAUGUAUCCGACAAGGCUCUGCAAAUCCUAGAAUAUUUUGAGUUACUUAAGUGUCUGACAUUAAUCUACCGUAUGUGAAAUGUGCCCUUCUCUUUGCAGUGUGAUCCCUGAUGUGGGGGGUAGAACUGCAUUUGACUAAGCAUGAAUCUAAUCAGACCCCAGGUCCUAUGAUGCUCACCUUGCACAUAGAGGUCAGCCAAACAGAGUUAUUGAUGCCUAGUUUGGUUGUCAUGGAGAUGGAGCAUUGCUUUGCUGACAGCCCCCAGGGUGGUCAGGCGGUGGCUUUGAUUAACAGUUUACAUUUUCCUGCUUGAAUAGGGGUGAAGGCACCCAUAUACUGUAUGCUUGAUGGUGGCAAUGACUAUUACCCAAUGACAUGAUCAAGCACAAGGUAGAUGGUAAUAGAUUGACCUUUUACAGUGCCUAAAAGGUAUGAUUAUCCUGCAUCAGCUGACCUUGCAGAGCUAUGUAUUUUAAAAAAAACUUUUUUUUAACCAUUUUCAAACCAUUUCGGACUGGACUGUCCGCUUAUGAUUCUGGCCCAAAUACCUCAUAGCUCAUGUAGCUCAGAUCAAGCAACUGCUCAGAGGAGUUGAUUUUGGAGAGUUUGGGUAGGUAGUCUAAGGGUUCUUUACACUGCUUUCACUGAGGACAGCUUUCAGAAAUUUCCGUCUAUGUCCAUUUUAAAAUAAUGAGUAACUGUCUUUCCUCAUGUUGGUCAUUUGUUUAACUCUCUGUAAUGGGAGCGUUGUGUUUUGCUUAUGCAUCUCACAUGUUUUGCCUGUUGUCGAGUUUGGGAUAUUCCAUGCAUGGGAGAGGCCUCUUCUCUUCCAAACACCUUUAUGUGUCUCAUGCUAUAACUUUCAGAGGUGUCUUUAUCCAAUGUUUGCCUGGGUUGUUGUGCACUUGUAAAAAUUUUUACUUUUUGUACUUGUCCCUUUUCCAUGUUGUCUUGUACAUAUUGUCUAAGAUGGUGGACUUACUGUGCACUUUCCUGUGGUUGUAUGCUGCAUGACUUUCAUUCACAAUGUCCAAUUGUCAUAAAGUCACUUAUACCUACAGUUAAAGUUGGAAGUUUACAUACACCUUAGCCAAAUACAUUUAAAUUCAUUUAAUCCUAGUAAAAAUAAAAAUUCCCUGUCUUAGGUCAGUUAGGAUCACACCUUUGUUUUAAGAAUGUGAAAUGUCAGAAUAAUAGUAGAGAGAAUGAUUUAUUUCAGCUUUUCUUUCAUCACAUUCCCAGUGGGUCAGAAGUUUACAUACACUCAAUUAGUAUUUGGUAGCAUUGCUUUUAAAUUGUUUAACUUGGGUCAAACAUUUUGGGUAGCCUUCCACAAGCUUCCCACAAUAAGUUGGGUGAAUUUUGGCCCAUUCCUCCUGACAGAGCUGGUGUAACUGAGUCAGGUUUCUAGGCCUCCUUGCUCGCAAACGCUUUUUCAGUUCUGCCUACACAUUUUCUGUAGGAUUGAAGUCAGGGCUUUGUGAUGGCCACUCCAAUACCUUGACUUUGUCCUUAAGCCAUUUUGCCACAACUUUGGAAGUAUGCUUGGGGUCAUUGUCCAUUUGGAAGACCCAUUUGUGACCAAGCUUUAACUUCCUGACUGAGGUCUUGAGAUGUUGCUUCAAUAUAUCCACAUAAUUUUCCUACCUCAUGAUGCCAUCUAUUUUGUGAAGUGCACCAGUCCCUCCUGCAGCAAAGCACCCCCACAACAUGAUGCUGCCACCCACGUGCUUCACGGUUGGGAUGGUGUUCUUCGGCUUGCAAGCCUCCCCCUUUUUUCCUCCAAACAUAACAAUGGUCAUUAUGGCCAAACAGUUCUGUUUUUGUUUCAUCAGACCAGAGGACAUUAAUCCAAAAAGUACGAUCUUUGUCCCCAUGUGCAGUUGCAAACCAUAGUCUGGCUUUUUUUAUGGCGGUUUUGGAGCAGUGGCUUCUUCCUUGCUUAGCGGCCAUUCCGGUUAUGUCAACAUAGGGCUCGUUUUACUGUGGAUAUAGAUACUUUUGUACCUGUUUCCUCCAGCAUCUUCACGAGGUCCUAUGCUGUUGUUCUGGGAUUGAUUUUGACUUUACGCACGAAAGUACAUUCAUCUCUAGGAGACAGAACGCGUCUCCUUCCUGAGCGAUAUGACGGCUGCGUGGUCCCAUUGUGUUUAUACUUGCGUACUAUUAUUUGUAGAGAUGAACAUGGUAUCUUGUGGAGGUCUACGAUUUUUUCUCUGAGGUCUUGGCUGAUUUCUUUUGAUUUUCCCAUGAUGUCAAGCAAAGAGGCUCUGAGUUUGAAGGUAGGCCUUGAAAUACAUCCAAUUGAUUCAAAUUAUGUCAAUUCGCCUAUCAGAAGCUUCUAAAGCCAUGACAUCAUUUUCUGGAAUUUUGCAAGCUGUUUAAAGGCACAGUCAACUUAGUGUAUGUAAACUUCUGACCCACUAGAAUUGUGAUACAGUGAAUUAUAAGUGAAAUAAUCUGUCUGUAAACAAUUGUUGGAAAAAUUACUUGUGUCAUGCACAAGUAGAUAUCCUAACCAACCUGCCAACACUAUAGUUUGUUAACAAGAAAUGUGUGGAGUGGUUGAAAACAAGUUUUAACGACUCCAACAUAAGUGUAUGUAAACUUCCGACUUCAACUGUACCAUGGAUGUUUGGCCAGAUUCUAAAAUAGUCCUUUGAUCUGUGCUCACAUGAUCUAUUGGGAAUAAGAUUAGUAAGUGAUCCACUAUCUGGGAGGUUUGUGUGAAUUGUGCCUGAACUUGUCUAUGACAAAAUAUUAAAUGUUCGUCAUUAGUUACCACAGCCACAAAGUCAUAAACCCAGUCUAUUUCUAAAAUUUUGCCUCUUAAAAUAGGAUUUUAAACCUAACCUUGAACACACUGCCAACCUUAUGCCCUACCUUAAAUGAAGACCAAAAAGCACAUUUUUGUUUUGAUAAACUUUUACGAUAUAGCCAAUUUUGACUUUGUCUAUCUAAUUGAAACUUAAAAAGAGCACUCUGAUCUAUGUGUUCUAAUCAGUUUGUGUACAACUCUAGGUAGACUUCAAGAUCUGACUUUAAAAGUAUUUUUAUGCUAUUAAACAAAACAAUUCAUAUUACAUGGCCAUUUAUUUACUAAAGCGAAAAGCUUGAGAAAACAAAUUCACCUGAUACAACUUCAGCUUCUGGUUAAACAUUUUACUUUACAUGUGUCAGUUUAAUGCAUCGUGUUUAAACUGUUUUAUCAAUUCUAUUGUCAGUUCUUUUAAGUGUACCAUUUUUCACAAAAUAAAAUAGUUAACACAGCCUGACUUUUUGCACAGCUUACUAAAAAAACGACCUAAGAUUCCUGAAAGUUAAGGGAAUACUGUAGUUGCUUCUAUUUUAAUAUGAAUUAACAGCUUGACAUGUCUGUUGUAAUAACUGUUAAGCACCACAUUUUGAAAGGGAUCCUUGCUUUCACUUGCUUUUUUUAAUCCAUUUUCUGUAUUGGAUUGGAAGAUUUUAGUGUGUAAUAGUGGGGGUUUUCUGGUAUGUGGCUUGCUAUGUAGUACUGUUGAACUUGUCUUGCAAUGGAACUGCCAAUUCAGAGUUUCUUAGGAACUUGUCUUGCCAGUGAUGUAGAAGUAAGGGAGUGGAGCAGACCCUUUCUACUACUUCUUGCUGCUAGGGAUUCAUAUUACUGGAUCAUUCUAAUGCUCUUCUAUUCGAAGUUCAUUGCACAUCUAACUUUCACAUUCUUUCUUGUUUUACAGCAUCAUAUUCCAAUACCCAUCUGGACAGAAAUGAGAUUUAAUGUAAUAUAUUCCUCUUGCCUUUUGACUGCCUGCAAAUGUUUUGUUGUUAUCCUGUUUCCUCUUGUAAUUGUAGAAUGUAGUCCCCUAGAAAGAACUGUACCCUAUAACCAAUUUGUUGUCUUUACCAUGAACCUCAGUUAAUGUUCCCGAGUAUGCGCUCUGCAUAUUUCAUUGACGGUGUAAAAACGCUUUCCACAGUCAAGGUAAAUGUUUAAAACAAUCAAUGGGUGCCUUUUUGUUUGUAAACCAAAAAGAAGGAAUAAACUCUGUUAAAUCCUG